GCUCAAACUUGCUUGUCAAUGUUUGAGCUACUUGAUUUAUCACUUAGCGAUUCCAAAACAUCUGACCACCGGUACACAGAAGCCGCCUGAAGGCUACAAACUGUAAACAACAUUCGUGAGAGGCAUCCUGAGCCACACGACCCGCCUGUUCUGCUAGCCGUCGAGCAAGGGGCUACAAGCAGACCUUAGCUCAAACAUUGACCGCUCACAAAGUGAGCCGGGGCUCGCUCACGAAGUGAGCUAUCGCCUUGCUCCCGCACCGGUCAAGAACUUCGAGCACCCAGUAAGCACUCAGGCCGAAGGCCCAGCGCGCUGGUAGUAACAAAGGGCAAAGCCCCAAGUCAGCAGCCACGGUUAGCGUCAUACGAGCGCCGGGCCCUUUGGCCAAGUUCAUGCGCGCUACUCCCUUGCUGCUAAGUGCCGUCAGCGACCAGCUUCGACUGAUGCCGUGCUUUGGAACUCGUUAUGAGUGGACGCUACAACGACUCUUACUCGCACCGCGAGGAGUCAGCGUCCGCACGCGGCAAGGGGAAGCUGACCGUUUCGGUGCCGAAGGCCCGACCGCUCUGCCACGAAGUGGCCGCGGAGGCGGCUAUCCCGGCUACAUCUCUGACGCAAAGCGCCAGCACCAGGUCACCAAAGGUGACGCUGCCCGUUUCCCUGAGCGCUCCCAGCCGCAAAGCGGCUACGACCGGGACCGUGACGCCAGCCGCAGCCUCUCAGGAGGCCGUGAACGUGAACGCAGCAGGGAGCGCAGCAACGUCUACAACCGCGACCGCGAGCGCCCACGCAGUGCAGAGUGCCGCCGCAGCCCUGACCGGCGCGAGUACGACCGCAGCCGCCACGCGCCGCAAAGCGGCGCCCAGGUCUGGCAGUACGACCCCGCAGUUCACGGCGCCCCGGAUCCCCUGAGCCCUGCCCGCUGUCAGGACCCGGAGAAGCACAUUGCCUGGCUGCAGCAGGCGGUCCAGUGGCACAAGCACGAGGCCCGCACAGCCAACCAGGAGUGCCGCAAGCUGCACGAGCUGCUUUCAGAGCUGCAGUUUCAGCUGCGGCGCAAGCAGGAGGCCGUUGACAAGCUGCAGAGCAAGGUCAACCCCCUGGAGCGUCAGCUGCAGCUCAAGACCACUGAGUGCGUGCUGCUCCAGUCAGCCAGCUCCCUUCAGCAGCAGCUGCGGGCCAAGAGCGCCGAGGGUGAGCCGCCGCAGUCCGUGCCGCAGCGUGCUCAGCAGCAGGAGACUCCCAAGCCGUCGCUGCUCGCUUCGGGCCGCCUCGAGUUCUUGCCCUGCGCCGCAGAGCCCAAAGGGCCCGACGGCGGAGAGGCGGUGACUGCCCAGGAGGAGGAGGGCGACGUGGAGUGCAUCUGCGGCUGCGACCCCUGCGCCUGCUUCGACGCCGCCCCCUCCAACGGCAGCAACGGCGCUGAGGCCGGCGAGCUAGCGAGCAGCCAGCCCAUCUCCGAGCGCAGCGCUCUGGAGCCCUCGGCCGCCGAGCAUCAGCUGCCUCCACCGCCGCAGCAGUCCAACUCUGGCAGGGUGGCAGCAGUGACUUCUGUGUCAUCAUUGGCAACGGCCCGCAUCUCAUCCCGUCCGACCUCGAGGCGACCACGCAGAGUCACUCGUUGUCCGGCCCGGAGUACGUCAAGGCGCCGGAGCCAGCCACCUACAACACCGCCUUCGAGCAGCCGGCGCUGAUCUGUUCGCCCCCCCGCCUACUUCGACGGGCCGUGGCACCAGAUCAGCAUGGAGUUCUGCGACGACUUCCUGCCCUUUGACCACCUCCCGGAGUGCCACAUCGGCUGCCUGGUGCACGGCUUCUGGGCGCACCACUACUCCUGGCAGUGCGACGACAUCCGCGCACUGCCAUGAGUAGUGGUGCGCCCAGAAGCCGUGCACCAGGCAGCCGAUGUGGCACUCCGGGAGGUGGUCAAAGGGCAGGAAGUCGUCGCAGAACUCCAUGCUGAUCUGGCGCCACGGCCCGUCGAAGUAGGCGGGGGGUGAACGGAUCAGCGCCGGCUGCUCGAAGGCAGUGUUGUAGGUGGCUGGCUCCGGCGCCUUGACGUACUCCGGGCUGGACGACGAGUGACUCUGCGUGGUCGCCUCGAGGUCGGACGGGAUGAGAUGCAGGCCGUUGCCGAUGAUGACACAGAAGAACCAGCGGGGCACAUCACACAUACGCCAGCACACGGUAUUGCGUGACACCCACGCUCAUCACGCUCACUCACCCACGGCAUGACUACCCUGGUAGGACGCUGGCCUAUCGUGGUGUGCCCCCAUGGUGCCAGCAGGACACUGCAGUAGAUUAUCCUGGAGAACCUCAGUCACCCUUGCCUUGGGCCCGGACAAGUGACAGAAACGCCCCAAAAUGUCUUCUGCGAUUCUCAGAAAGACCCCCCAAAACCUGAAGCAUUUUCACAGAUUUUUGGACUUCAGAAUCAAACGUUUCUUCCGCCGGAGGCUUUUCGGGGCAAAUUUCUGUCGAAAAGAAGGAAGAUACGAGCACUGCGUUGAGUUCUGCUUCGGCCGCAGGUGUUGGGUAAAGGUUGGUCUGGGGGCCAUGCCUGCCUCGUCCGGCCGUAUGUGGUCCAGGACGGAGGUGGUGCCAAGCAACCCGGUCUCACCCGGGGCGUGCCCAUACACGCGGCACCGUCCAAAGCCCAAACCAUCCAAGAUUCCUAACAUGGAAUAUGUAUGCUAUGAAUAAUAGCUGAACUGGGGCCUGGGGUGACCUGUCCGCUCGCCGAGCUCGCGAAAUGCAGCGACAAUGUGCACUGAUGUGCAUGAAGGAGUGUAUGUGGUGGCGAGGUCAUUGGCUCAUUGCAGGCGGCGCUGGCCGGGGCCUGCUGGAGGCGCUGCUGGCAAAGGGCUUGGGCGUGGGGGUGGGGCACGCCGGCGUUAGGGUGCAUGGGAUGCUGCGCAGUAGCUUUGUCACGCUGGUGGCAGACGAAGGGCUGAGAGAGGGGUAUGCAAGGGGUACGUGCGAAAGGAAGCCUGGUCGCGGCACAUGCAAUGUGGCGUCUGGUUGACUUGGAAAGACUGCUGUUUCCCUAGAAUCCAAUUGUUAGGUAUGUGGGGGAGGGGGGUUGUCUGCAACCAUCGGCCAUACUGGGCCACGGUAACGCCUCGAAACACGGGCUCGCAGAUCGGCGCUGGGUGACGCACAUUCCCUAAUCAGGGGCCUCCUCCUGCCCCGGCGCAUCAGCGCCAACUGGCUUGCAGACCGGCUUCUAGUAAGCAGGAUAGCUCUCGCGGGGAAACCAUCAGAACCCGCCGCACCAGCGUCCGCACCCGUAGAGCAGCGACCUAAGAAGGCCGAGAUGGCGCUCGUUCGGGGAAGUUCGGCACAAGUAUGUUCAGUGCCUACACAGGUAACGGAGCCGAACCGUUCCUGAUGGGUUUCGAUCUUGCGACCUUGAUGUGACCCUUGUUAGCCACUCAUCUACACAUGCUGUUCCAAAGUGUGCCUCCUGGCGUGUUUUUGGGGUCUGGUGUGCGCCCCAGCCCGCCUUCAAGGCUGGAACCAAGUGUAACAGACUGUUUGC